AUGGCCGCCGCCGCCGCGCGCUUCGUCCCGCGCGACUCCUUCGCCAUCCCCUCGUCCAUCCCCAAGACGUACUUCCUCGGCCACCACGCCGCGGGCGCAAGCAAGAUCAAGGGCCUUCUGUCGACCAUCUCCCUGGUGCUCGAGUGCCGCGACUUCCGCCUCCCGCUGUCGACGCACAACCCGACGCUGGAGCGCGCCGUAGCCGGCCGCGAGCGCCUCGUCGUCUACACAAAGUCGGACCUGGGCGCCGACUCGGCCCGCGCGGCGCGCCCCGCCCUGCGCCGCCUCUACGGGCCCGACCGCGUCCUCUUCUGGGACAAGAACCGCCCCGCCACGACGGACGCCCUGCUCGCGCGCUUGCGCGACAUGGCGCGCGAGCAGGACUCGCUCACGGGCCUGCGCGCCCUCGUCGUGGGCAUGCCCAACGUCGGCAAGAGCACGCUGCUCAACGCGCUGCGCACGGCGGGUGCCCCGCCGGGUCAGCGCCGCGCCAAGGCCGCUCGCACGGGGGACCAGGCGGGCGUGACGCGGCGCGUCGGCACGGCGGUGCGCGUCGUCGACUCGGAGGACCGUUCGGCGGGCGGCGUGGCGGGCGGCGUGUACGUGCUCGACACGCCGGGCAUCUUCCAGCCGUACGUCGACGACGGCGAGACCAUGGUCAAGGUGGCGCUCGCGCACGGGAUCAAAAAGGGCCUCAUCCCCGACGAGAUCCUCGCCGACUACCUGCUCUACCGCAUGAACCGCUGGGACCCGCGCCUCUACGCCCGCUACUGCGAGCCCACAAACGACGUCAACGAGUUCCUCGACGCCGUCGCCCGCCGCGACGGAAAGCUCAAGACGGGCGGCCUGCCCAACUGGCAGGAGGCCGCCGCCCGCGUCCUCUCCCAGUGGCGCGAGGGCAAGCUCGGCCGCUACGUCCUCGACGACCUUGACGACGCCCACCUGCGCGCCCACGAGCUGAUGCUGCAAGAACCGCAGCUGAGCCUCAACCAGGCCCGCAAGCUGCAAAAGGAAGAGCGCAAGCGGGAAAAGACCCGCUGA